AUGGCUCACGGUGGGCUCGGGCAGCGAGGACCAGGGCCGGUGCCCCCGCCUCCGCCGGUGCCGGCGGCAGCGACGCUGGGGGGCCAGCCGCUGCCGCCCCGCGGGGCGCCCCCGCGUUCCUCCGCGCCGGCCCGGGGGGGGCAGCUUUCGCCGCAGGCCUCGCUCGGGGCCGCGCUGCUGGCCGCGCCCACGGCGCUGAUCGCGGCGCACGUGCAGCUGCGGGACGCGAUGGUGGCCGCGAACGCGACGCUAGACCAGGUGCAGCGGCCCGCGAGCUAG